ACGUCAGUCUCCUUUCCUCUCGGCCAAUCGGAGUAUCCGAUAUUACUGUACUUCACCCGCUCCGCCACCUCUCGCUCAGGUAGACGGGACAUACAGCGGAAAGGCCUCUCUCCUGACCCGCAGCCGGCUUGCAUCAUCUUUCAGCAUGGCGGUGAACGGCACUGCAAACAUUUUAAGCUCUGCCUAUCUUGCAGUCGAGUAUGUCGAUGCUGUUCUGCCAGAAAACCCGUUCCAGCCCUCCCUGAAACAUGCCUGGGGCUACAUGCUGGACAACUACACCAAAUUCCAGAUUGCCACCUGGGGCUCGCUCAUCGUCCAUGAGUUAAUCUAUUUCCUGUUCUGCCUGCCCGGUUUUCUCUUCCAGUUCCUGCCUUUCAUGCAAAAAUACAAGAUUCAGCAGGACAAGCCAGAGACGUGGGAGAAACAGUGGAGGUGUUUCAAGAUGCUGCUUUUCAACCAUUUCUGCAUCCAGCUGCCUUUGAUCUUUGGCACUUACUACUUCACCGAGUAUUUCAACAUUCCUUAUGACUGGGACUCCAUGCCACGCUGGCCAUAUCUCCUGGCUCAGUGCUUCGGCUGUGCUGUUGUUGAGGAUGCCUGGCACUAUUUCCUUCAUCGCAUACUGCAUCACCGCCGGAUAUACAAGUACAUCCACAAAGUCCACCAUGACUUCACUGCUCCGUUUGGCAUGCAGGCAGAAUACGCUCACCCCGCUGAGACGAUCAUCCUCGGGGCUGGCUUCUUCAUUGGCAUCAUGAUCUUCUGCAACCACGUGUUCUUGCUCUGGGCCUGGGUCGCCUUCCGUCUGAUGGAGACCAUCGAUGUCCACAGCGGUUACGACAUUCCUUUGAACCCGCUCCACCUGAUCCCGUUCUACGCUGGCGCUCGUUUCCACGACUUCCACCACAUGAACUUUGUUGGGAACUACGCCUCCACCUUCACUUGGUGGGACAAACUGCUGAAGACAGACAGCCAGUACAACAGCUACAUGGAGAAGCAGACAGAUAAGAAGACGCGGUAAACUGCUCAAGCCUCCCUUCAUGGACACACGCCUGUCCUGUCAGGUGGAGAAGAGGCAGUGAGCCGUACAGACAAAAACACGAGAUUACUGCUGAUUUUCAUCUCUGUACACUUAAUAAAACACAUGCAAAAGGUGUUUUUAAAAAACGAGUCAGCACAUCUGUGGUUUGAUUAUGAAUCAGAUUGCGUGUUGAUUCGGUCUGCCUUCUGUGCCUUCUUAGAAAAGAAGCAAUGUCUUUUUUUUUUUAUUCCAACAGCUGGCUGAAUAAAAACCAUCAAGUCGUCAUUGCUUUGUUAUCAAAAGGCUUAAACUUAAAUGCUUCUUUAACUCUCUGAAUGUCUCAGCACUUUAGCACUUCCUCUAAUUGAUCUGAUGCGGUCUUUCCUUCCUGUAGUUGAAUCUGCACUUCGGUGGAAACUGUAUAAACUCAAUGCAGACUUUUGAAAAUAAACCAGUCAGGCGUGUUUGAUGCAAACUGUAAAUUAUUGAUGAAAAGGGGAUGUGUUCUAGGUCAUUCAAGCCUGUAAAAAUAAUUACAUACUGCUCUAAUUUUAUAUAAAAUAAACAAUCUUUGGUGUUUUGUUUUUCUGUUUUUGUCAGAAUAAAAUAUGUGAACAAAUUUAAA